GACACUACAGAAUGUGUGGCAAAGAUUAUCUGCUCUGCUUCAGUUUUCUAACUGUAACGGUAUUGAUCAGAACUAUGAAAGGAUGUUCUGAUGGUUAUUUUCGUGCUUCUUCCUCAAUAUGUUUGCAUUUCGCCGAACCAACUCCUAAUAGAGAGAAGUAUUGCAUUACGAAGGGUGGUAAGUUCUUUAGCCAGCCUUUAACAGACGAGGCAAAAGAAGAUAUCGCAAAAGCAAUGAAGGAAGUGGCCAAUGACUGGAUGCCUAAUGAGGCUUAUAUUGGCUUCCAGAAAGAGCUGGAUCCGUGGCAAAAAUCGAAGACAUGGGUUUACGACGGUACUGAGGAAAGUAUAGAAGAAGAUGACUAUAGAAUGUGGAUCAAAAAGCCAGAUGGAGGAAAUGAUCGUUGCGCUGGAAUAAGCCAACAACAGGAUUUUGGAACCAAGCCAGUGCCCUGCAGCGAAGCGAUGGGCAUUAUUUGCCAAAAAGACAAUUUAGACAAGUGCUUCGAGAAGGAAAUGAAUUAUUCUAUAUACGAUGGCAGUUGCCUCUUUGUAAAAGCUGAGCCAAUGAACUACCAGACUGCUAGAGAUAGUUGCGGUAAAGGUCAUCUAGUUCACGUGCGAAAUGAAGGCAUCAUCGAAGCGAUCAAACAAGCAUUUUACAAUUCCAGAUUCGGAGGAGGUGUUUACAUCGGACUCGAGAAAAACGAGAAAGGAGAAUGGCUGUACAAGGAUGGGCAGUAA